CAAAGUUACUGUAACCAGGCGGAACCUAUUGCCGCUUAUCGUUUCCCCUCGGUCAUAUUUGACUGUUACACUGGUUUGGCACCUGAACCACUGUUGAGAACAGCCUGGAGUGCAUUUUUCAACGUGUUUCUCAUACAGGUCAGGCUGGGAGGCUGUGGUGAUGGCUGUGAAGCUGCAAGGCUUUGAGUUCUGGAAGACCACGCUGAGGGGAGCGUGUUACAUCGUUGCACCCAUGGUGGACCAGAGCGAACUGGCCUGGCGUCUACUGAGCCGUCGCCACGGCGCUGAGCUGUGCUACACGCCCAUGCUGCACGCGCAGGUGUUCGUACGUGACGCCAACUACAGGAGAGAUAACCUGUACAGCGAAGUCUGCCCCGAAGACAGGCCGCUUAUUACACAGUUCUGUGCCAACGACCCAGAGGUGUUUGUCCAGGCAUGUCUACUGGUUCAGGACUACUGUGAUGCCAUUGACCUCAACCUGGGAUGCCCACAGAUGAUCGCCAAGAGAGGGCACUACGGAGUCUUUCUACAGGAUGAGUGGGACCUGCUGGAGAAGAUGGUGAAGCUAGCCAAUGAGAAGAUCUCUGUUCCCAUCACCUGUAAGAUCCGUGUGUUUAACAAGAUGGAGAAGACUGUUCAGUACGCUCAGAUGCUGGAGAAGGCUGGCUGCCAGCUGCUGACUGUUCACGGUCGGACCAAGGACCAGAAAGGACCCGCGACAGGCAUCGCUAGCUGGGAACACAUCAAGGCUGUACGUCUAGAGGAAAUAACCAAUGGAGGAGAGGAGGCGGGGCAGGAGGUUGGGCUGCCGUUCCCUCAUUGGAUCUGCCAGCCGUACGUCAGACCAGUGCCGAAGGAUCCGGCUGCUAACGGUAACGGUACGGGGCGUGGCGGUGUGGAGGUGAAGGCAGUGUGUCACAAGAGGGCGUUAUCACAAGAGGACUCGGACGGUGCGAGCGAUGCCCUCUCCAAAAACAAACAGAAGAAGAAAGCCAGAAACCCCCACAAGAACUUCUGUCCCGAGCAGAAACUAAAGUACAUCAAGUGUGAGCAGUGUGGAAAUCCAAAGGGUAAUAAGUGUGUAUUCAACCUGUGUCGAGGCUGCUGUAAGAAGAAGGCCUACAAGGAGGUGGCAGACUGCCCAAGUCACGGGCUGAGGUUCAAGACUAAGGCAGAGAAACAGAAGGAGGAGGAGGGGAACAGAGGGAUAGAGGAAGGAAAGAGUGGAGGAUUAGAGGAGGAAGAGAACGGGACCCCCACAGACCACCACAGACGACAGACAGACUGUGGCCUGAGACAUGGACAGACAGGGACAUAGACAUCCAUCCAUUCAUACAUAGAGCAGUACACACACAGCUGGAUGUGAGAAACUUUAUCCAUCAGCAGGAUACAGAGACACUUGAACAUGCACAUAUUGAAAGGCACACACAUGUUCAUUCAUACUCUCUCACCAUUGUCCUCCAUUGCUGCUGUGAUGGACUGGCUGACUGGUUUUAUUGGGGUUUCACCACUACACCCUCCUUCUACCUGACUGACUGGGGGAGUCUUCCUGGACUAGCUCCACUGGGACUGAUGUAAUGGAUGGACUCAUUUCUCUCUUGGUCUUUUGCAUAACAAGUUAGCUUUGAAGUCAAUUGGAGAUUCAAGCAGAAGUCCUGAUUUACUGAGAGGAGGGAAAGAUUGAAGUGGCACUUGAAGUCAAUGGGAGAUUCACUGAAAAAAGUUCAGUUACAUGUGGAGCUUUCUAGUUGUAUACAGGAAGGAGGAAGAGCUCUUGUUGUAACAGUACUAUCCAGUACAGCUCAAUCUUUCUUUGUCUUUCGUUGUGGUUAAUAAUGGGACUCUUUCCUGGUGAUCUUUGUCAUGUUUCCCCCCCCCGAACUAGAAUGAUGUUUUAUCAACAGACUGUUAGAAAAGGGACUCUCUUUGUCUAACAGAAGUCCUGUCAAGUUUUUUUUAUAUAUAUCAUUUUUUAUCAAGCUCCUAGUCUUGUUCUCUGUUGGUAGAGCAUGGCGCUUGCAAUGCCAGGGUUGUGGGUUCGAUUCCCACGGGGGGCCAGUAUGAAGAAG